AUGGGCAAAAAAUAUACUGAAGCUUGUAAUUCUUUUUUAGACGAAAAAAAACGAAGAUAUUUCAAGAUUUUUGAAGAUCAUGUUGUUGGUGCUUCAUAUCCAUAUUCCUUGGGAAAUAUCCGCAAAAAUGAGAAGAAAUCUAUUGAAUCAAAAAAACAAAGAAUAUUUGCUCAAACGGCUAAAAAAAUGAAGACAUGUUUUUUUCAAAGAAACCUUAAUAGAGAGGUUGGAAAGCUUCGCGCAGAAUUGUUUGAGUCUUCUCUUAUGUAUUCGUAUGAUAUGCUUUGGAUAGAGCGGCUUUUUUUCUUUGAUAGAAAAGAAAUAAGUCUUCAAAGUGGUAGUUCGAUUACUUGUUUAAAUUUUAGCCCUGAUAUGAAUAAUAUUCUUUAUGGAACGUCAGAUGGACUUUUGGGGGCAGUUAAAGUUGCUUCUAUUACAAAACAUUGUGAAUUUCUUCAACUGAAUAUUUCUCAAUCAACUUCUGGAUUAACAUCCUUAAAUGUGGCUUCUAAUGGUAAUGAAAGAAAGCCAGGGCAUUUUCAGAUAGGAACUAUAAGAAAUAAUACAGAGGACAAUUUAUUAGAUUAUGAUAUCAAUGUUGCAAUAACUCCUAAAGGUAAAAAUACUUUAUGGACAUCUGCUAUUGCACCAUCAGGUGAAAUAGCAGCAGUUGGCGGGUCUAAAAUGGCUAUGGUAAUUAAAGGAAUCGAUAGUGCUAAAUAUAUACCUUAUUCAUAUGAUCUUAAAAGUGAUGUUUUUGCUAUUGAAUUUUUAAAUACAAACACCUUUUUAACUGGAUAUCGUAAUGGAUGGGUAGAUUUACUUGAUACUCGAUGUUCAGAAUCAACCAAAUCAUGUUAUACCAAUCCUUUGAUCAAACAUAAAUCUAGUAUUACGAAUUUUGGUCUAACCAGUGAUUAUCAUCUUGUCGUUGCUGGACUAGAAAACUAUUUGAAUAUGUAUGAUAUAAGAAUGAUUCAUUCUGAAAAAGAUAUGUUUUCUUGUCCUUUAUUAUUCUUUAAUGGUUAUAUCAAUGAAUGUUCUUUCGGAUUGGGUUUUGAUAUUAGUCGAAACAAGAGAAUUGUUGCUGCAUCGGGACAAGAUCAAAUCUAUUUUUGGUCUACAUUAGAUGGAAGGUUAUUACGGAAAAUUAUGGUUAAAUCCAAUAAAGCAUGUCGUGCAUUUAAGUUUUAUGAAAUAUCUUCUAGUUCGUUCGAGGAAUUAUGUCUUGCUGAUGAUAGUUAUUUAGAAUGGUGGUGUUCUAAUUAA